GAAAAACAUGCAGUCAGGGCAACCCUGAAUCAGGCCACGCACAUUUCAAGUUUCUUUCCAAAGAAUACAGUUCUUUCUGAAUAAUUAUUCAAGGUAGCUGGCUUACUCCUUGAUCCUGCUUUGUGGUAUACCCCUCUUGUGUCUUUGUCUACUGGCAUUCCCUUAUGAACCCUGACAUGUCUGGUCCUACCUGGCCGCCUCCGGAGAGACCCGUCCCCCAGAUGUCCGACUCUGGACCAGCCGUGUACAGACAGCCGCCCAAGAAGGUCUCCUCGGACACCCGGCCCAAGUAUGUGGUCCAUGACCAGAACAGAGGAGGAGGUGGAAUGGCCACUAGGUACAUGGCUUCUGGACCCACAGCUGGGCCCAUGCAGCACCACCACCAAGAGGACCCAGGGUUUCACCCUAAAUCUAAUGACCACUACUACCAACCACCUCCCCAAGGGCUUGAAGAAGACCAAUCCUUGAACCCUCACAUGGACCGCUACCAGCUGAUGCACCUUGCACCUCCUGAGAAGCUGAUUGGACACCACUCCAACAUUGAGGGAGAGAUUGACUCGCUCACCUGCAUGCUGGCUGAUCUGGACAGCUAUUCACUAAGCAGCACACAGCUGUACGACAACGUGCCUUACAACAAACCCUCAGCCCAGCCAGGAGCCCCAUCUCGGGGAUGGCCGUCUAUGGGUUUCCCUCAGUCCACGGACCAUCCUGCACCCCCGAACCCCAGUGAUCCCCACCAGGGUCUCCAGUACUUCCCCCAGCCAGACGACACUGACGCCCAGGUCUCCAAACCCUACCCCCAGCAUGUCCCUGCCUCCACCUCUACUGGCCCGAGGUUCAGUGUCCAGGUCAAAACAGCUCGGCCUAUCACCUACUCCCAGACUGGUAGGCAAGCCGAGCAGGGUUACACCCCUCCCCCACACCGCCAGCACAUGUUGCGGAACUUGCCCCAGAAUCUCGCUUCCCAGGCGCAGGACUCCGACAGGAGCUUCAAGGGGAGUGUCGCAGGGUCUGGCGUGAAAGCCUCCCAGAGUUCCACUCCCAAAAGAGUCCCAGAGACUCAUCAAUCAGGGUCAGGCUCGGCACCAAGCUCCGCCUAUCAGCCCAGUAAGCAGGGGACAGCAGCUCUGAGACAAGAGGAGUUGGAUGGGCUCACAAAGAAGUUGGUGUAUGACAUGAAUCAUCCCCCUACAGAGGAAUACCUUGGUAGCUGUGCACGUUGGGGUGACGUAGUCCUUGGCGGCUGUAUCGCCAUGGAGCAGGUGUUCCACGUGGAGCGUUUCACUUGCGUCACCUGCCACGCCCCUUUCCGGGGGCAACCGUUCUACGACCUGGACAAGCAGAGCUACUGCAAGAGCUGUUACAUUAGUAUCCUAGAGCGCUGCUUUCUGUGCUCCAAGCCCAUCCUGGACCGUAUCCUGCGGUCCAUGGGCAAUGCCUACCACCCGCGCUGCUUCAACUGUGUUGUGUGUGGUUGCUGCCUGGACGGCGUGCCCUUCACCGUGGACGCUACCUCCCAGAUCCACUGCCUUGACGACUUCCACAGGAAGUUUGCCCCUCGCUGCUCAGUGUGUGACCAGGUCAUCAUCGCCGAGCCGGGCCAGGAGGAGACUGUCAUUAUAGUGGCGCUGGGCCGCAACUUCCACGUCAAGUGCUAUGUGUGUGAGGAGUGUGGUCUGCUCCUGUCGUCUGAGGUUGAGGAGCGAGGCUGUUAUCCCCUGGACGGUCACAUCCUGUGUAAGGGCUGCAGCGCCCAGCAAAUCCGGAACCCCUCCGCCAAAAUCUCCACUGACCGCUAACCAACUAUGGAAAAUCUUACCUUUAAUCGAUGACCUGUCAACCGUUCCAUUACUUUCACCUGCUCUGGGGUAAAAGUUGCCCUAAGGAACAGAUCUGGGAUCAGUUCUACCCCCUCUGAUACAUAACCUUAACCACACGUAGGAAAUGUUAACCUGACUUGAAAUCAGUCUCGAGGGGGAACUUCAUCCUCAUAGUUGUUCGUUAUUCUUCAGAUGCCCAAAGCUUAGGAAUUAGUAAUAGGCCUACUAUUGAACCUCAACCUGACAGUCUUCAAUGUCAAGUAAAAUUAAAUUAUGACUUCAUAAGGUUUAUAGGUACAGGGUAUUGAAAUGUGGAUGGAUUUAAGUUCAACCCAUUUUCCUUAUCUUCUGAUUUACACUAUCCUCUACCCCUACUCCCUUUCCAUCCACCUCCUUCCCCUCAGUCCCAUACCACGCUCUCACACACGAUCCUGCGUGUUUCACGCUCUCACACACGAUCCUGCGUGUUUCACGCUCUCACACACGAUCCUGCGUGUUUCACGCUCGCACACACGAUCCUGCGUGUUUCACGCUCGCACACACGAUCCUGCGUGUUUCACGCUCGCACACACGAUCCUGCCCAACAAAGGUGGGACAUUGAAGGAGCUCUAUGUAAAAUUAUUGAUAGAUAUUGUGGAUGUGGAGGAUAAGUAGGAAAAUGAGGUGAUAUUGAGGAAUACAAAGUCUUCCUGGCUGUGAGGUAACUGACCAGUCCAGACAAUGGAACACAUGGCGACCAAGUGGGUGUAGUCAGUGUGGUGCAGUGAGUAGAGUUUUUAGAAAGUAGACUGAAGGAAAGAUUGGGAAAAGAACGAGUUGAGUCAAGUCAAUGCUUUGAUCUCCUUGGAUAUUAACACAGUAUGUAGGUUGUCUUAUAUCUUGCACCACAUGUCAGAACAGAACAUCAAUAUUUUAUUCCACAGGACAGUGAUUUGUAUAAUGAUAAUUGGUACUGCAUUUUAGGGAAUGUUAUGCUAGUCCAAACCCCCUCUUUUAAAAUGUGAAUGUGCUUUUUAGAUAUUUUUCCUUGUUUAACAUUUGGGUUGAUUUGAUACUUUACAAUGAGGAAUAAGGCACAAUGAAGUAUUUUUGCCAUCGUCUUACUGAGAAACCGGGUUCUCCAUACUGGCCACGUGGGCUGAGAACGUCCUCUUGUGUUCACUUUGGGUUUUUGUUUAAGCUUAGCCUUAGGAGUUUUAUGGUUUGCACAAUUUGAUUUGAGUUUGAAGUGUGUGAAUGAUUAGCUAUUUUUCAUACAAUAAACCAUCCUUUUUUUCAGCAAACUA